AUGGCCUCUAUUCGCGUUCUUUCUCUCGAUGCUGAGGGCCGUCCCGUGCAGUUUAAUUCCUGGCUCGACGACUUGCAGUUGUAUCUUAUGAGCAAUAGCACGGACCACAUCUCCCUCUAUGACUACGCGUCUGGUGCUGCCGCUGCUCCUGCUGCCACAGCCGAGCUUAGUGUACGUUCACAGUGGCAGACUCGUGACGCUGCAGCUCGCCUGGCUAUUCGCAGUCACCUGCCGUUACCUGAGCUAGAGCACUUUGGCGACUGCAAAACCGCUAAGGCCCUAUACGACGCUGUCGUCGCUCGCUACUCCUCACCUGCCACAGCCGAGCUUAGCCGUCUCAUGCUGCCUUACCUGUUCCCUGACCUGUCCACCUUUGCUACAGUCGCCGAUCUUAUCACCCACCUUCGCACUAGUGAUGCUCGCCUGCGUGCCGCCCUUCCCACCGAGUUCUGCGCUAAGAACCCCCCUCCCCUGUACUGGGCACUCCACUUCAUAGUCACCCGUCUCCCUGACACCCUCAGCUCAGUGCGCGACUAUUUCCUUGCUCGCUGUCCCACUGAGCUCACUGUCGCCCUCCUAGAGGAGAAGCUGCUAGCAGCCGAGAAGAGCAUUGUAGCUGUUGGUGCUGCUCGCGGCGCUCCUCGCACCCCCAUCUUUGAGGGGUGCUCUCCCUCUCCCCUCGCUCCCUCCUAUGCUACUGCUGCUGCUGUUGACUUCCUUGGUGCUGAGUCUGCUGGCGCUGCUUCUGCUCCUGGUGGGAGGCGCCGCACCGGCAAGGGCAAGGGGGGCAAGGGUGGCGGGGGUGGCGCUGGGGGGGGAGGGGGUGGGGGAGGUGGGGGGGGAGGCGGUGCUGGAGGGAGCGGUGGCGGGAGUGCCGGUGGGAGUGGGGCCGGCGGCGGAGGCGGGGGCGGCGGCGGGAGCAGUGGCGGUGGUGGCAGCGGCGGCAGUGGCGGCGGUGGCGGUAGUGGCGGUGGCGGUGGCGGUGGUGGCGGUCGGAGCGGAGGUAGUGGCGGCGGUGGAGGUCGGAGUGGAGGCACCGGCUCGGGCCAGAGCUCCCAGCAGCAGCAGCGUCCCCAGUCGACCCAGCAGCUUCGUGAGUGGCUUGCUCAGCGUGGGACGUCGGGGGGCAGUGGCCGCUGUUCUUAUGUCAUUCGCACAGGUGAUCGCAAGGGGCAGACGUGUGGAAAGUUCCACACUCAGUACCGCUGCUUCUUCCGCCUUGACGACGCUUGGCGUGAGGAGAUGGGCGAGGAUGUUGAGCGCCCUCGCUGGGCUGAGCUGAUGAGGGCUGGUGUUGAUGUCUUUGCUCUUGACUAUGAUGCUAUUAUUGCUGCCAUGUAUGCAUUGACUGUUAGUGCCGAGGGAGACUGUUACUUGUGUGUGCCGCCUGACCCAGGUAUAGGGCCCGCUGCCCUAGGUACUAGUGAGUCUGCUCUCUCUGGUAUGGUGCCCCCUGUACCUGCUCCCUCCUGCACUGUCCCUGCUGCUUGCGAGUCUGCUCUCUCAGGUACAGCACCCACAGAGACUGCUCUCUCAGUCCUUGCCCAGUCCACUACUGUGCUCCCUUGUCCGGCGGUUCCGUCUGGCUCGUUGACGGGUUUCCACCUCCCCUCGUUCUCGACGAACCUGACUAUCGCAACGGGCACCCCCCAGCUGACGCUCGCGCGGAGGUCCCUCACAGCGCGGCCUGACCACGAGAGCAGCGCUGCGUCUGUCUUCGACGAUGUCAACACCGCCGUGGGGGGGCUCCUGUUCUACUACGACACCGUCAUGCGCAACGCCGGCCUGCGGCCGUUUCCGGCGUGGCCCGCCCCUCCCCACCCCCACCAUCUCUACCUGACCGCAAGCAUUAACACAUGCUUGCUCAUGUACCCCCAAACACAACAGGCGCACACGGCAGUGGCGCUGCCGGCAUUCCCCACCGAUUACGGGCACAUCCGGCCCCACUACGCCCGUGCCGCGGCGUCGAUGCACGGCCACACGGCGUUCUCCUGCGUGGAGUACCUGUCUUCUGCUGGCCGUACCGCGUACGGCCGUCUGAUCCUGGUGCUAGAUGCAGAGAGGCCGCUGGACGAUAGCAGCUACGAGCCUGCAGAGGUGGCUGUGCUGCAGCGGCUGAACCAACAGGGGCUCGCUGAGUGCACGGGCUGCCAGGUGCUCGAGCCGCCCUCCCUGUUUCGUGGGCUGGCUGUCGUCCCCAUCGACCGGCUCCGGCGCGCUGUCCACUGCGUCCCUUCAUUCUUGCAGAAGGACACGUGGUACCUGAACAAGUGGGCGUAUCUGGUGAACCAGGAAAUCCCCGGAAUCACAAUGGGGGGGUGCGCCCUCGAGCACCACUGCAGUGGUCCAAGCCAGACGCAUGCAGCUCACCACUGUGCGCAGCCCAUCAGCACGGCCACCCGUGAAAUUGCCCCUCGUUUGCUGGUCCUCGCUGUUUCGUCUCAUGUAAACCCUAUUAUGUUAGAUCUUGCAAUGCCUUGGCAGGUCCUCUAUUAUUAG